CCGUGUUUUUGUGCAGUGGUAGUGCGCCUGCGCAGUGUGAGGAGUCCUUCACACUCGGCCUGCUGUAGGUGACUGAUCGGGGCAGCAACACUAACAACAUGCAGAGCUGGACUCAGUUAUACCGCUCUCUGGCCACGCGGAGCCACCAACUUCCCUGCAAACUACAUGGAGUUACAGCUCUAUCUGUCAGAACCUAUGCUGACAAAGCAGCAAUUGAUGCAGAUAUCACAGUGGUGGGCUCCGGUCCAGGCGGCUAUGUCGCUGCCAUCAAAGCUGCACAGCUCGGCUUCAAAACAGUGUGUGUGGAGAAGAAUCUAACGCUGGGUGGGACCUGUCUGAAUGUCGGCUGCAUCCCCUCAAAGGCUCUGCUUAACAACUCGCACCUGUACCACUUGGCUCAUGGCAAGGACUUUGAAAGCAGAGGCAUCGAAAUUUCAGGCCUCACAUUGAACCUGGAGAAGAUGAUGGCUCAGAAGAGCGGGGCGGUCAAAGCUCUGACCGGCGGAAUCGCACAUCUAUUCAAACAGAACAAAGUGACCCAUGUAAAUGGUUAUGGAAGGGUUACGGGUAAGAACCAGGUGACGGCCACAGCAGAAGACGGCACAGAGCAAGUCAUCAACACCAAGAACAUUCUCAUCGCCACUGGCUCAGAGGUCACGCCCUUCCCUGGGAUCCAGAUUGAUGAGGAGAUCGUUGUGUCUUCAACAGGAGCUUUGUCCCUGAAGAAAGUGCCCGAGGAGCUGAUUGUGAUUGGAGCUGGAGUCAUUGGAGUGGAGCUGGGUUCAGUGUGGCAGCGUCUGGGCUCGAAGGUCACAGCGGUAGAGUUCCUUGGACAUGUCGGCGGCAUGGGCAUUGACAUGGAGGUCUCCAAGAACUUCCAGCGUAUUCUACAGAAGCAGGGCCUAAAGUUCAAGCUCGGCACCAAAGUCAUGGGAGCCACCAGAAGGCCCGAUGGGAAGAUCGAUGUGGCAGUGGAGGCGGCAGCCGGGGGAAAGAAUGAGACGCUGACGUGUGACGUGCUGCUGGUCUGUGUCGGAAGACGACCUUUCACUCAGAACCUCGGUCUGGAUUCUGUUGGCCUUGAGGUGGACAACAGGGGGCGCAUCCCCGUCAACAACCGCUUCCAGACCAAAGUACCCAGUAUUUAUGCAAUUGGUGAUGUGAUCGCCGGACCAAUGUUGGCCCACAAGGCUGAAGACGAGGGCGUCAUCUGUGUUGAGGGCAUCGCCGGCGGCGCAGUGCACAUCGACUACAACUGUGUUCCCUCUGUGAUCUACACACAUCCUGAGGUGGCCUGGGUGGGCAAGACAGAGGAGCAGCUCAAAGAAGAGGGCAUUCCAUACAGAGUUGGCAAGUUCCCCUUCGCAGCCAACAGUCGAGCCAAAACCAUCGGUGACACUGAUGGCCUGGUGAAGAUCCUCAGCCACAAGGAGACAGACAGGAUGAUGGGAGCGCACAUCGUCGGACCUGGAGCCGGAGAAAUUGUCAAUGAAGCUGCUUUGGCCAUGGAGUACGGAGCUUCCUGUGAAGAUGUUGCCAGAGUCUGCCACGCCCAUCCCACGGUUUCGGAGGCCUUCAGAGAAGCAAACUUGGCCGCUUCCUUCGGCAAAGCCAUCAACUUCUAAUCUGCCGGCCUCACGUCGCCGCAACUUCAGUGUACAUAACAGAGGAGAGACUGAGUCCAAACCUUCAUCCAACCCACCACCAUCCUCUGUGUUAAUCAACACUGUACCACAUUUAGUUCUUAUGUUAUUUAAAUGUUCUCAGUAAAAAAAUAAAGAGGGCUUGGGCAGUAAAUAAAAAUGUUUUACAAACGCAUAAUUUGAAAGAGAGUAUUAUGCAGCUAUUUAAGGGAUAAAGAUAUAAAAGAACUAUAUUGGUGGGGUGGCUGUGGGUUCUCUUGUAGGAAAACUGAAGCCGCUCAAGAUCUACAGAUUCAAGUUGACACAGUCACACACAUGCAAAUGCAAAACCAAUAUGGCAGGUCAAAGUUUACCAAAGUUGAACUCCAUGUGAAGCGAACGUAAGCUAUCCAUGUCAAUAUGAAUUCACUUUGGUAUAGAAGCUGGUCAUAGUUGCUUGGAAACCUGUUCUUGCUUAUCUGUCCAUUACAACCAAUAAAUGCAAUAUCCAUCAAAUAAAAUAGUGUUUUACAUUUAA